UGAUGCUGGGAUCCAGACGGGCGGGGAGCAAAGCAGGGAGCUGCAGCAUCCUUAGCAAUGGUGCAUGGAGAGAGGUCUAAAGAGUAUCCUGGCGCGGGAAAAGAGGUUAUGAGCCUCCACACAUAAGAAAAUGAGCAGAUAAAUGGAUCAUUUAAGUUGGGGGCUGCCAGAGUGCUCUCAGGGUUGCAGUUCCUAGCGCCAUCUCUGCAGGACAACAGCAACAUGAACGGCACUGCAGAGCAGCAGGACAUUCUGCCCUCUAACUGCAUGGUCAAAGAACGAUGGAAAGUGUUGAAGAAGAUAGGAGGAGGGGGGUUUGGGGAAAUCUACGAGGCGUUGGACCUGCUGACUCGGGAGAAUGUAGCGUUAAAAGUGGAGUCAGCUCAACAGCCCAAACAAGUCCUGAAGAUGGAGGUGGCAGUUCUGAAGAAACUGCAGGGUAAAAACCAUGUUUGUAAAUUCAUAGGCUGUGGGCGAAAUGAUAAAUUCAACUAUGUCGUCAUGCAGCUGCAGGGUAGAAACCUGGCAGAUCUCAGGCGAAGUCAGCCGCGUGGCACCUUUACCAUGAGCACAACCCUCCGCCUGGGAAAACAGAUUCUAGAAUCCAUAGAAGCCAUUCACUCGGUUGGCUUUCUCCACCGAGACAUCAAACCGUCAAAUUUUGCCAUGGGAAGACUGCCUUCAACAUACAGGAAAUGUUAUAUGCUAGAUUUUGGGCUUGCACGACAGUAUACAAACACCAAUGGAGAAGUCAGACCGCCCAGAACCGUUGCAGGAUUUCGAGGGACUGUUAGAUAUGCAUCUGUGAAUGCACAUAAAAACAAAGAAAUGGGUCGCCAUGAUGACUUGUGGUCAUUGUUUUACAUGCUGGUUGAAUUUGCUGCUGGGCAGCUCCCGUGGAGGAAAAUCAAAGACAAGGAGCAGGUGGGUCAGAUUAAGGAGCGCUUUGAUCAUAGGAUGCUGCUUAAACACAUGCCAUCAGAGUUUAAUGUCUUCCUGGAGCAUGUUUUAGGCCUUGACUACUGCACCAAACCUGACUAUCAGCUCCUGAUGUCAGUGUUCGAGAACAGCAUGAAAGAACGCAUCAUCACAGAGAACGAGCCAUAUGAUUGGGAGAAAAGUGGGACGGACUCCACGAUGUCUGCCACCACACCGACAGCAGCGCAGCAGAACACGCGGCCCACAGCAGCUAUUGUUGGGGUCAUAAAUAUGACCACAAUGCCUGGUGACCUUCAGAGGGAAAACACAGAUGAUGUUGUGCAGGACGAGCACCUAAGCGACCAGGAAAACGCCCCUCCAAUUCCUUCUGGCCGGCCAGCUGAUGGUAACCAGUUACCUACAGAUGCAGAUGGAUGGGAGGAGACAGACUUUAAUCGCAACAAACUCAGGAUUAACCUUGGAAAGGGAGGUCAAGAAGAAGAUGGUAGCCGGGGUGUGUGUCCUGUGUCGCCUCAAAGAGGUUUGGACUCUCCAGGUGUGCAGGUGCACUCGCUCAGGUACCGACGGCUCAACAGCCCUGAAUCUGAUCGCAUGUCGGCCGCUGAUGGACGGGACGGUUAUGGACAGCGCUCUCGAAUGGACAUCCUGGGUUCUCCUUCUCGGCACGUUUACUCCUCCCAGCCUGCUCAGAUGCUGUCUGUCGAUGGCUGCCGCGGAGACCGUGGUCGUAAUGAAGCAUCUGCAUCGGUGGACCAGGAAGCCCACAGCAAUGCCUUCAUCCGCUCUGUCCCACUUGCAGAAGAAGAGGACUUUGACAGCAAAGAGUGGGUUAUCAUAGAUAAAGAAAUGGAGCUCAGAGACUUCCACCAUCUUCCAGGGGCCGAGCCCACCACUUCUGGCACCACGGAUGAGGAGCCGGAGGAAUUACGCCCACUGGAGGAAGGAGAAGAGCGGCGGAGACAUAGAGGGACAGAUCCGUCAGUCAGACCCAAGAUGUCACAUGGCGACCACACUACACGAGGCAUGCUGCCUCUUACUGAGGAGGAAGCAUCCAGGAGGAGCGGGAAAGGCCAGUCAACAUCUGUGGAGAGCCCUGUGCAGUCGCCCUGUCACUCGCUGCCCUCCGGACGGCCGCGGUGGAGAGAGUCAGAUCCCAACGGACCUCAGAGACAGGUCCCAACCCUGAAUGAGCCUUUAUUGUCACCCACUGACUACAGGACUAAAUCCCCAUCCUCAGAGAAGGAAAUGUUCCAUAUCCUUCCUAAACUGCAUGCAAAGAGAGCCGACUUCCUUACCGUCAUGCUUACAGGAAGCCUACACCAGCGACGGGCCUUCACGGCCACACCACCUGAGACACAACAUGAAGGACCCAAAGAUGAUGACGUCACGAAGAGUGAAUCUAGUAGUGGUGCGAGCGAAAAGAGCACUGAACGCAGUCAAGAUGGGGCUCCAUCUACCUUAGUGGCCGAUGAUCCACACAAGGAGCCAAAAGAACCUGGUUCAGUUGCUGAUGUAGAUCCUGACCAAGAGGAUGUCUCAAAUACCCUUGUUUUGUUUUCACCAGGAGACAUGAAAAAGUCUCCCCACGCUAUAAAUGGGACUGAAAUGGAUCAGGGUGUGGAAGGAUCUGAUGCCCCUCAAAAUGAGCAGUUGGAUAAAGAUGGUCGACUACAGGCACAGGUCCAGGAUGACAUAAAACAGGCAGAGAGGCCUACAGAUGGAAGGCAACCUGAUGCAACUGCUGUUGACCCAUCCAUACAGACAUCUAAACCAGUGGUAACCAUCUCAACAACUCAAGUGGCCUCAGCCUCAACUGCAUCACCCCCUGUCUCCAAAGUGGAGCGAACUUUUGUACACAUUGCAGAGACAACCCAUCUGAAUGUGAUGUCUUCCAGUGGUUCACAGGUUCAUGAACUUUUAGAGGAGGUUGAAGGAAAAUCAAAGGCUAAAGGGAUGGAUAAGUCUUCCUUUUCUCAAGGGCCAGGAGAAGUGACAUGUGUCCAGUAUGAAGUCACCUCUCAGACUCUUACAGAGGGACCCCAGGUAACUAAUGUUCUGGAUAGGUCUUUGCCAAACGAGAUUACUAAAAAACAAGACGAUCUUUUGGUUCCUCUACCCUUAGAGUCUAGGGAAUCUAUCCAUCAAGAUUCAUCAACUGACCUCAAACAGGACAAGGAACCAAAAGAGGAACAUCAAGAGGAGAACACAGUACUUGAGAGUGUUUCUAAACAUCCACGGCCAAGGAGCAAAAGUCGAAUUCCUAUCCUAGUCCCGGAAGAAGAGCCAGGAUCCGAACAAUCCCUGUCCACCAAAGAACGACUGCGUAGAAGAGCCAUGCAACAAGACCUGGCCCGUCAAGUUGUGGAAAGACAGCGACAGGGUCGCUGGAUGAGAUUAAAUUCCAGGACUUCAUCCUCGUUAUCUUCUGGAGAUGAGCCUAAGAGACCUUCAGAGACUCUUUCAACUACUGGCUCAGAGGAAGAUAUUCCUGAAUCUGAUGAUCCCAUCAACAAGCUCAAGAAGGAGGCUGAGGAAAAGUACCGAACUGAGUGGCACAGCAGGAUCCCACGUCCAGUCACACCAAUAAGGAAGCCUUCAACAAAACUAGUAGUUGCAGUUCCUGUUGUCCAGCCUGAAGCAGAGCCUCCAAAAUCAGAACAAAAGGCAAGCAAUGGCCCAAAAGUACCAUCACAGUCAGGAUCAAGUGCUCCAGCAUUUCACACAAGAUCGAAAUCAACCCUGUCCCGCUCAACCAUUUCAAGUGGAAGCAAUCGCAUCCCACUUUCCUGUGUUCCGGCAUCAUCCCGUCGCAGCUUGAGCACCGCAAACUGCACUUUCUCUUCAACCCGUAUAGCUAGUCCUUCACCCCAUAGGCUACACCUGCGAACUGCAGUUAGCGAAUCCCACAAGCAACCAUUUGCUCUCCGAGCCACUGUGGAGCUCCCAGUGAAGUCUAGGACUACUGCUUGCAGUGGUCCUGCAAAGGACGUCAAAUCAUCACCAAACCAACCCACCACAUCUGUCAGGAAUCGAACCAAAGCUUCUGCUCACUCGAAGAACACAGUUUCCUUGAAAAGGGAGAAAAGCACAAGCAACAACACACCUGCAGCCAGAUAAGACACUGUGACUGCUGUUUACUGGGAUUGUUUCUUCUCAAUUACUUGAACAUCUUGCCUCAAAAUGUAAUCUGCCCCAUUGACUUAAAUUGACCUUUUUAUUUAAUUUAAUGUUCUUCCUCAUCAAUGAAUGGCUAGUUUCAAUUUUGGAUUCUGCACCAAAUAAUUGUAUGCUGUACUAUAAGAUGUAGAGCUUUCACUUUGAUGGAAGUUUCUUGGAACAUAAUAGAGGAAAUGUUGCAUUUAGCUUACACGGUGCUAUACUGUAUAUGUGUUGUUCUGUUGUGCAUAUUUCAUUUAAUAUAUGGUUUUUGAAGGUGUACUUUAUUAUUAAUUAGAUGCCAAGUUGGCUUUGGCCCUUGACACAGAAUAAUGCUAAAAUGAGAAAAUAUCAAAUUAUUAACAUCGGAAACAAUCAUAAAGUAUAUUAAAUGUAUUUAGCCAACACAAAUUAUUAUACACCACCAGACACACAUAACGUUGUAAAAUCUGCCACAUAUCUAUGGACAAAUGCACAAAUUUCCUCUGGUCUGCAGCUCGGCCCUCUUUGUAAACCUUGUGAUGAUGGGCAUGCCUUGUCUUUAGCUUGUUACGUGUUUGAUGAUACUGCUGUAUGCUUGUACUGUACAUAUUCUUUUCAGUAUUUCUUGCAGAGACCUCUUUAUUUUUAUCAGGCAAAGGAAAUGGUAAAGUAUUUGGGUUUUAGUUUUGUUAAAGGAAUAUAUUGUGGGUUCUACACCGAGUUGUCUCAUUUUCUAAGCAUGGCAGAAAUCACACAAUUAUUGAUAAUUGUCAAUGCAGAUUAUUUCUAAAUGAACAAUUCCCACCUCUUUUGCUCUUUCUACAAUGGUGAGAUGUUAAUCAAGAUUUUUGUUGAAAUAAGGAGCAUAAAAUGAUUAAGUCUUAA